CGAGUCGCCUCACACAAGCGGCUGCAGCUCGACUUGAAGAUUCGGCGUGUGUUUCUUUUUUUUUUUUUUUUUUAAUUAUUAUUUCAUUUAGUUUCACCUCCUUUCAAAGACGAAAAGAAGAAGAAGAAGAAGAAGAAGAAGAGGGGGGGGAAAACAAGCCUCCUUUGGAUGUUCUUCCCCUUCCUGAGACGUUCAUUUCCGCACCUGUCAUUAGAAGAGAACCGGGAGGGGGGCGAGCGACAAGGGCACCGAGAGAGAGCCGGCAAAGGCGCACCGAGAGGCGGCCACCUCGUGAAGGACACACACCCCCCCUCUCCCUCCACCUCCCUUUUCCCCCCUUUUAAGAAACAUGCUGCUGUGGACCAGAAUAGUCCUGGUCGCCGUCGCCUGCUCGUCCUUGGCGGUGUCCCCCGGCAUGGGAUGCGGACCGGGCCGGGGCUACGGCCGGAGAAGGCACCCCAAGAAGCUGACACCUCUCGCCUACAAGCAGUUCAUCCCCAACGUGGCCGAGAAGACCCUGGGGGCGAGCGGCCGCUACGAGGGCAAAAUCACGCGCAACUCGGAGCGAUUUAAAGAGCUCACGCCCAACUACAACACGGACAUCAUCUUCAAGGAUGAGGAGAACACCGGCGCCGACCGGCUCAUGACUCAGCGGUGCAAGGACAAGCUGAACUCGCUGGCCAUCUCCGUGAUGAACCAGUGGCCCGGCGUCAAGCUGCGAGUCACCGAGGGCUGGGACGAGGACGGCCACCACUUCGAGGAGUCCCUCCACUACGAGGGCCGGGCGGUGGACAUCACCACGUCGGACCGCGAUAAGAGCAAGUACGGCACCCUGUCCAGGCUGGCGGUGGAGGCCGGUUUCGACUGGGUCUACUACGAGUCCAAAGCCCACAUCCACUGCUCGGUGAAAGCAGAAAACUCCGUGGCGGCCAAGUCCGGAGGCUGCUUCCCGGCAUCCUCCACGGUCACCCUCCAGGACGGCUCCACUAAACCGCUGAAGGACCUCCAAAGCGGGGACAAGGUCCUGGCAGCGGACGCCGAGGGCAGGUGCCUCUUCACCGACUUCCUCACGUUCAUCGACCGGGACUCGACCACGCGGCGGCUCUUUCACGUGGUGGAGACCGACGCGGGCCACCGGAUCACGCUGACCGCCGCACACCUCCUCUUCGUGGUCAACAACUCCACCGGGAGCCGCGGAGCUUCGGCGGUGUUCGCCAGCCAGGUGCGGCCGGGCCACGAGGUGCUGGUGCCGGACGGCGAGCGACUCCGGCCGGUGACCGUGGCGCGGAUUUCCACGGAGGAACACGUGGGCUCCUACGCGCCGGUGACCGCGCAAGGCACGCUGGUGGUGGACCGGGUGCUUGCGUCCUGCUACGCCGUGGUGAGCAGCCACGAACUGGCGCACUGGGCCCUGGCGCCGCUCCGGCUCGCCCAUUGGGUGUCAUCGGUGCUCUCCGGCGCGCAGGCCCGUAACCAUACGCAUGAGGACGGCAUGCAUUGGUACUCCGAGGCGCUCUAUCACUUAGGAACGUGGCUCUUGGACCCUCACGCCUUGCAUCCACUCGGCGUGUCCAGCUGAAACCAGACUUGAGGACCAGACUUUUCCACACACGAAAAAUAAAUAAAUACAUACAUAAAUAAAUAAAUGUAGGACUCUUCACUAGAUGAAAUAAUAAUAAUUAAAAUAAAAAAAAAAUUAAAAAAAAAAAAAAAAAAAAAAAAAAAAAAAACACCUCGACAAAGGCCCCAUGCAGUUGGAGUUGAUGAUGGGAUAUUUAUUAUUAUUAUUUCUGUGACUUUUCUAUGAUGAUGACGACGCGUUCCCCUUUCAAAGAACGAAUGGAGCCUUAAAAGAGAGAAAGAGAAAAGUUUGAAUAAUUUAUUCUCACAUGAACUGAUGGCUGCGGAGAAAAGUGUGCAUAAUCUAUUUUUGUAUAUGUCCAAUGCAAAACCAACAAAGAAGACAAAAAAAAAAGUCAAUAACGGCAAAGAGAAACAACACGAAGCUAACUCUUGACAGGUUGUAAUGUUCAUAAUGUGCAUAUAUACAUAUAUAUAAAUAUAAAUAUAUGUGUGCAACUGACUGUUAUAUUUUGGGGGAAGAACAAACUUGGCGGGGUUCCAUAAAUUAUAUUUUUAUACACAGAAUUGUAAAUUAGAUUUUGACAGAUCGCUACCGAAUUUGAAAUAGUGUAAAGAUAUGAGAAUAUAUUUUAAUUUAAAUACAGUAGUAUUGGGGAAAGUGAUGGAAAAUUAAGAAGAAAAAAAAUGAAAAAUCUUGUACUUUUUUUUGGGGGGGGGGUUGUCAGAGAGAGAGAUAUUCUGCCUCAUGUCUGCAUUCUUAAUUUUUUUUGUUGCUAUUGAUUUUAUUUUCGUUUUCCUCUGAGAAAAAAAACACAACAAAUGCAGAUUCUGACAAUUCGGUAACAGUUACAAGCCGUACUGCUUCGUUGACAAAAUUAAUAAGUAACUAAUGUAAAUGUACUAAAAAUGUUUUUUCCUUUUUUUUGUCCUCCAUAUUUUAAUAAUAAAAAUAAUCAUAGGGAAAUAGUUUUAUAGAGAUGUGGCAGACGCACAGUUUGGGUAGUAUAUAUACAUAUAUAUGUAUAUGGACAGAGCAUACCAGUUAACUUUCAUAACAGGGCGAUGUGUCGACAACAAAUGUCUAGAGUUUAUUAUUUAUAUGUUUAUUACGAAAAUGAUGAUAAAGAAAAUGUGUUCAAACUUGGGUUUUAUGUCUUUUCCUGAAUUUUUGGGGACUACUUAGGUGAUAAAAACAAACGUGUGAAAGUAGAGAAGGGUUUGAAAGAAAGGGCAAAAAAAUUAAAAAUAAAAUAACGCGCGCCUUCCCAAAAAAAUGGACAUAUUGCACUUUGAGAAACCUUUCACGUGCUUGUGAAAUGUGGAGCGCUCUCGUCAAAUGUGACGAGCUUUGCCCUCUGCAAAUAACCUCCAUCUCGGCACACACAAAGCGUGUUUGUUGGCCGCCUUUGAACGCUUUAUAGGCUUAUUAAACCUCCGGGACGUCCUCAAACGUCAUCGAUCGCCAGUUUCGGACGACAUUGAAGGUGCAAGUGUGAAUUUUCUUUGGAUUAUUUUAGCGGGGAUGAAGAAGUUCUCGUUGAAGAAAGUUUAGGUUAAAAAUUGGGCAGGCGCGACACCGUGUGGUAUACUGACGGGAGUGCAACAUAGGAACGCUGAAGGGGAAAUUGCUGGGGUUUUUUUCAGUUAAAAAACACCACAGAGUUAAAAAAAUAAAAUAAAUAACAAAAAAUACUUCAAAGAAGACAAAAUUCAGUCAAAUUUUAUAAUUUUUUUGGACACCCCUGACUAAAU